AAGCUUUGCCAUCAAUAUUUGUGAAAUACGCAAUCUAUUCCCAAAUUAAAUACCACUCAAUAGCUAUGCUAUAUUGAAAAUUAAAAAAAAAAAAAACAAAAUACCAUCCGAAAAAAUAACUAAAAAAAAUCCCCAAAAAACGACAACGAAUUUUUUUAUUGCAUUUAUUUUACAUCCAACGGCUGAGCGCAAGAUAUUUACCACCAUUAAGACUUAACAUAAUUAAAGGAAGUCCAUCCUAACAACAAACUCGCCCACUCCACACCUCCACCACACACAGACAACUUCAGUCAAGAUGUUGUUCAAUUGUGCGAUACUGUUUUUAUGGGCCAUUUUAUUGCUACAAGAUUUCUCACACUGUUUACGUUUGGUGGAAGUACGUAUACCGAAUUACGUGGUUAAGGGCUCAGCAGCACAACUGGAGUGCCUCUAUGACUUGGAUGGUGAAUCUUUGUACUCCGUUAAAUGGUAUAAGGACGGCAAUGAAUUCUAUCGAUAUGUACCCAGAGAUAUGCCACCAGCUCAAACAUUCCUGCUGCCAGGUGUUUCAGUUGAUGUUCACAAUUCAAGUGAUGCUGUUGUGACAUUACGUGAAGUUAACCUACAAUCAGCUGGGCGAUUUCGUUGUGAAGUAUCGGGCGAGGCACCCUCAUUUCAGACAGUAACGGAACAUGGUGAUAUGGUUGUUGUAUCCUUACCUGACCAAGGUGCCCCUAAAAUCACAGGUGGCCGUCCUCGUUAUCAAAUCGGUGAUACUGUACGCAUAAACUGCACUGCCGGUCGUUCAAAACCUGCCGUCCAGCUGGCAUGGUUCAUUAAUGGCGAACCAGCCGAACCUUAUCAGUUGAGAAAAUAUGAUCCAGUUUUAUGGGGUCGUGAUGGAUUGGAAACAUCUAUUUUGGGUCUCCAAUUCCGUGUCGAUCAACAUCAUUUCCGUAAUGGCGAUAUGAAAUUGAAGUGCGUUGCAUCACUUUCCACCUUCUACUGGCGCAGCAAUGAAGAAUCUGUUGAAGGCGAUCGCCCUCAAAAAGCGCCCGUACUCGAAUCCCGCGAAACUGUGUACGCCAGCAAUUCAAGAGCUGAUCCCGUACAAGGUAUGUCAUUGCGGGAAAGUUUUGUUACCAAAAUUUUAUCGUUUUUCAUUCAACCAAAUGCAGCCACUAAUAAAACGGAUUCCACAAUGACAACAAUAAAGCCCUCCACAUUAAUAUUGCUGAUAGCGAUGGCUUUACUGACAUCAAGUGGCUGUUUCGAACAGCUACAUUUCAAUGGUGGGCGAGGGGGUGGUGGUGGUACAAAAAAACACAGUCACAAAACCAGCCAGUCUGGCGAAGAAAAUUCCGAAAAGGAAAUAACUAACAAAUCAAGUUAUGACAUAGACGCUGAUGAUGACGAUAACAAAGACGAAGAAGAUACAGUGAAUAAUGAUGGCAAGGAGUACAGGCAUCAUGACUGCAAUGUGAAGGAUGCUGGUGAUAUCGGCUCGAAAAGUUGUGGCCACAACCUGGCUAGCAAAGUCCUGCAGAGACAAGUUGUUAGAGCUCUAUCAAAAGAAAUGCAUUUUAAUAAGGAAAUGUCAUGUCUGCCAAUAAUGUUGACAAACACAACAGUCCCCAAUGCCAUCACCACCACAACCUCCACCACUACCACUACAAACGCAACAAUAUCGGGCACAAUUUCAGUGUACCAUCAGCACGCAUUUAAUGUGACAACAUCCGUUUCCCUUGAACAAAUAUUUAAGUCCUGUAACUCCUACAAUGCGAAAACAUCUAGACCGUCAUUAUUAACGUUGCCGUCAUCAUUGUUAUCGUCAUCGUUGUCGUCAUGCUCAUCUUUGCCAUUGUCCUCGCCCUCAUGCUUGUCAUCUUCGUCAUGCUACUUGCUGGGCGGCGAAUCAGCCUUCACAGCUCAGCAAGACCAACAGCAGCAGGGCCAAUGCUUGGUAGCAUCAAGGUAGCUAUUUAAUUGAAUUAAAUAUAACAUCAUCAGCAGAAAGAGCAGCAAAAGCAGCAGCCAGAGCAUGAAUAGCAGAAUUUUUGUUCGAUAACUUUUAUCUAUCUUACAAAAAAAAAAAAAAAAAAAAAAAAACGAAAAAAUAACAUCAAAUUUUCUGCGUACCGAAAAAAAACGUGAA